CUUCAUGAAGCGCUCACAGGAGAGGAGGACGAGCACACAAAAUCUGAGCUCAAGGGCGUAAAGGUCUUCAUAAAGCGAGGAGACAGGGAGUUUACCGAUGGGAUACUCGGCAACAUUAAGCACCUUUCGCACAAGGAUACUGCGGAUGAACGCCUGCUCUUCCGCCGGGAACCGGUGUGGAAAGUGUCGAUGAGCGUGCGACUCCGCCCGACUGUACGCUGCUCAUUCGACGAAGAUCAAGGCAUCCUGCGGGUGGCCCUCAAAGAGGCCGAUAAAUGCGAGAACGCGAUAUCAGGACAACAGAAGCAGGAGAUUGUCGUGUACGCCAUCAAGAGAGGGAAGGCUUCGAGGGACGACUUCGCGCAAUUUGCGCGCUCCGUCGUCAGCAGUCCACGGUGGGCCGUGCUCGCAAAGGAUGCGGAGCACGAGACGACCUCAAGCGCACCAUCCACUGCGACAUGA